AUGGCAAAGUCUCCCACCGUUUUUCUUAGAGUAAAGCGGCCGUAUUCGGAGCCCCCAGUUGAAUUGUUCAGUGCAAUCCCGCUGAAGAAACGACGUCAUGAUAACGUCGAUUGCAGGACACCUACCUGUUUCCGAUACCUCGGUACAACUUCAAGCCUCUCUGAUACCAUACAUCCCUCCGCUGAUGAUCUCCAGGACAUGGGUGCUUCUGGAGAACGAAAGUUGAUCUUAUCGCAGAAUUCCAUUGCCCACGUCCUGGACUCUCCCCGAACCAAGAUCUCCUGUACAAUUCGUGUUUCAACGACAGACUUUAUAUCAUCAAAGAGAAAAGCGGAGAUGGAAGAGGCCGAAGAUGAAGUAGAAAACGAGGAGGAUGGUGAGGUCAGGGUACGGAAUUCGUUUCAGCCUCCUCCAGCCAAAUCGCUUCGCAUCAUUGACCUCUCCUACCAGUCCCAAUCGGAUCCUUUGGCAAUGACUUUAAACGGUCUUAGUCUAGUUCCUGAAAGUACAUCCAAAGGGGAAACUGACACUCUUGACGAGGGCAAAGCUGCGAGCGCGGAGGAUGAUAACUUCCUCUAUGAUCUCUAUGCAAUCAGCACGAAUUUCGAUGAGGAUAUUGCUGACCAACUAGAUGAUGAGCCGCCUCUAGAGGGUAUAUAUGAGGGAAACUCUGACGAGUUUGACGAAAGCUUUUUUUAUGAUGGCGAAGAUUCCGACUCCAACAGCGAGUUAAACUGGCGUAAUGACUAUCCGGACGAGGAGGACGUGGAGUCCAGUGACAGCCGUGUUCGUGACAGUGACCUUGAUGAAUAUGGCUACGACGACAUUGACAGUGAUGACGAUAAUCAGUUUUCUCGUUUCUUUUAA